GGAAGGGGCCGCGCCGGGGGCGGGGCUCGGGGGUCCUGGGCAGGGGGAGGGGCCCGGGGCGGAGCCUCGCAGACCCCGGGCUUAGCGGAGAGGGGCUACGUCGGCUCCUGGAUGAGGAUGGUGGGCGGCAUCCCACCUUGAAGGCCAGGAAGGAGGACUGGAGGGGCUAGGAACCAAGAAGGGUGCCUUGGGGAAGCAAUGGUGUCGCCGAGCUGGGACCACAGGGAAGUCAGACGUGUACAGAGGCCAUACCCCCUGGGGUCACUGGGAGAGUGAGAGUGUAAGGGGGCUAUUCACCUCUCUCUCAAUGCUGGCUGCUCCCCCUAGGGGGCACUAAGCUUAAGAAUUUUUGAGUCAGUACUAAGCAUGUACCUAAUUAGGGUCUUACUUUAGUCUUUUGAGAACUGGAGACAAAGAAACUAAGGGAAAUACUGUAAGCCCUCCGCCCCAUCCUCCCAUGCACUCGUGUGGACACCGUGCCCUUUGAACAGGGGCAGGAGGACAGUGGGAACAGACUUUCGGGUAGCCCUUUUCAGUUGUACUCACACUGGGAGGGCACAUAGCCAAGUGGGCAUACAGGUACACGCAGGUACCCAGCUUCCAAGGACACAGAUCCUGAAAGGCAAGGGUACGCUCCCUUCCUUGCAGACACAUGCUGUCCCUCCUACCUCUCCACAGAAGUCUAGGGCCUGCUGCUAACUGUACACUUCGUUUCCACUGCUUUCUUUCUCUCUCUCUGGCUGGCCUCAAGGCCAGGCGUGAGGAGCUGAAGGGGCCAGUCACCACUGCAGCAGACGGUUUUGUGUGUGUAUGUGUGUGCACACACAUGUGCAUGGGUGUACAACAAUGUAGAAGGGGUGGGAAGACAAGCUAUUUGAGCAAUCAGACUCAGCCUUCAUUGAUUAUGUGCCCCAUGGGUGUCACUUAGGAAGCAAAGAGAAGGAGACAUGGGCCCUGCCCUCAGGAGCAUUCCAUCUGGGAGAGAAGUAGACACGUAAACAACUCAGAACGUGCCAAAUGCUUUUAACAGACAGACCUAGGAGAGUAUCAGAAAUUAGUGACAAAUGGCUGGGCUCCCAAUAUCUUCCUCACCCCGAUCCCCUCCUCUCCUUAGCCACAGGCCUCUGCCCUUUUGGACUGUCUUGUGUGAAGGGGCCCCAGCCAUUCUUUCCAAUCCUAGAACAGAGGGGAAGAACGUGUGUUUGUUGGGAGGCAGGUGUGAGCAGUAGGAAGACUCGCGGAUCAUCAGAAGUGAGAUUGGCCUGGGUUAAGGCCCUUCUCCAAGGGAAGUGUUAGAUCUCGUCUGUGGGGGCAAAGGAGAGGUGAGUGAGACAAAGGGGCGUGCUUCUCUAGAACCCAGGACUGAAACUAUCUGCAAGAAGUCAGGGCCCUGUUAAGUGGGGAGAUGGUGUCAGUGGGUCCUUCCCUACUCUCCUGGGACACCUAGAAGAGGUCUGGGCCAGGGAUCUGCCUUCGCUAAUGCCUGUUUGUCUAUUCCUUCUUCCCCAUCCACACCUUCUCUUCCUUCAUUGCCAUCUUGUGUCUGUCUUGGCCUCUCUGGAUUCCAUCCUAUCCAUCGGUGUCAUUUUUGCUUCCUGGGCCCCCACUUCCACCUCUUGGGGUAUCUCUCUUUGCACUUUCCUGUAUUGGUGUUCUGGUCACUUUUUCUGUCCUCAUGGCUCUGUCUGGGUCACUUCUGUGUUUAUCUCUGGUCACUGGCUCCCAUCUUUCUCUUCCUGUUACAUUCCUGUCUGUAACCCUUGUGCCGGGUCCUGCCAUUCUGUCUCACUUCGUCCUCUUCUUGGCACCCCUCCCUGCCCAUCUAAGCAGCAACGACCCAUCCAGCCCUCUUUCACCAAAUCUCUCUGCCGUGAGUCCCAUUGGAAGUGCCUCCUGCUCUCACUGCUCAUGUACGGCUGCCUGGGGGCAGUGGCUUGGUGCCACGUCACCACAGUGACCCGCCUCACCUUCAGCAGCGCCUACCAGGGCAAUAGCCUCAUGUACCAUGACAGCCCCUGCUCCAACGGCUAUGUCUACAUCCCCCUGGCUUUCCUGCUCAUGUUGUACGCGGUCUACCUGGUGGAGUGUUGGCACUGCCAAGCCCGCCACGAGCUGCAGCACCGGGUGGAUGUGAGCAGUGUUCGGGAGCGUGUCGGCCGUAUGCAGCAGGCCACCCCCUGCAUCUGGUGGAAGGCCAUCAGCUAUCACUAUGUGCGACGAACCCGGCAGGUCACCCGAUACCGCAAUGGAGAUGCCUACACUACCACCCAGGUCUACCACGAGCGUGUCAACACACACGUGGCGGAGGCCGAGUUCGACUAUGCGCGCUGUGGCGUCCGGGACGUGUCCAAGGCGCUGGUGGGGCUGGAGGGCGCGCCGGCCACGCGGCUGCGCUUCACCAAGUGCUUCAGCUUCGCCAGCGUGGAGGCGGAGAACGCAUACCUGUGCCAGCGCGCGCGCUUCUUCGCCGAGAACGAGGGCUUGGACGACUACAUGGAGGCGCGAGAGGGCAUGCAUCUUAAGAACGUGGACUUCCGCGAGUUCAUGGUGGCCUUUCCCGACCCGACCCGGCCACCCUGGUAUGCCUGCUCAUCGGCCUUCUGGGCAGCGGCGCUGCUCACGCUGUCGUGGCCGCUGCGCGUGCUGGCCGAGUACCGCACGGCGUACGCGCACUACCACGUGGAGAAGCUCUUCGGCCUGGAGGGGCCAGGCUCGGCCAGCAGCGCGGGCGGUGGCUUGAGUCCCAGCGACGAGCUGCUACCGCCGCUCACUCAUCGCCUGCCGCGGGUCAACACGGUGGACAGCACCGAGCUCGAGUGGCACAUCCGUUCCAACCAGCAGCUGGUACCCAGCUACUCGGAAGCGGUGCUCAUGGACCUGGCCGGGCUGGGCGCGCGCUGCGGCGGGGCAGGGGGCGGUGGCUACGCGCCCACGUGUCGCUACGGCGGAGUGGGUGGCCCGGGCGCGGCGGGCGUGGCCCCGUACCGGCGAAGCUGCGAGCACUGUCAGCGAGCGGUCAGCAGCUCGUCCAUCUUCUCGCGCAGUGCGCUGAGUAUCUGCGCCAGCCCGCGGGCCGGCCAGGGGCCUGGAGCCAGUGCUGGGUGCGGGGGCAGCCGCUUCUCGCUCGGUCGCCUCUACGGUUCCCGGCGCAGCUGCCUAUGGCGCAGCCGGAGCGGGAGUGUCAACGAGGCGAGCUGCCCCACGGAGCAGACGCGGCUGUCGAGCCAGGCCAGUAUGCGGGACGACGAGGACGAGGACGACGAGGAGGAGGCCGGGCCACCGCCGCCCUACCACGACGCCCUCUACUUCCCGGUCCUUAUCGUCCAUCGUCAGGAGGGGUGUCUGGGCCACAGUCACCGACCACUGCACCGCCAUGGCUCCUGCGUGGAGACCUCACUGUGACCUCCCGCUCUUGGAGGAAGCCUGCACCAUUCAUUCUCCCUCCUGCCCCUUGAUGUGUUGUGCUCCCUGUGCUUAGCAGGGGAAGGCAGGAUGGUGACAGAGGCCAGGCAGGGUACGCGUGACGGCGGGAGGUGAGGGGCACGCCCAGACAAGACUCCAGUGGGCCUGAGACUGCUUCCCUGUACACGGACAGAGGAUGGAGAGAUUGGCAGCUCUCUGAGAAUCCCACUCACCGGGGCAGAGGUGGCUCUUUUUCAGUCCCCACCGAGUUCCUACGGGGACAUUUACUUUUCCACACGCACGCGAGGUCCCUCCCACCCCCAGGCUUUCAUCGAGUCUUGACUGUUACCAGGCAACUAUGAUGUGGAACCCGUUUUUUUGGCCUCCCCACCAAGGGAACCAUCAUGGCAGGCCUCAGGAAAGGCAUUUGGGGCUUUUUUAUUUCUUAUUUUUGCGUCGCCCCCCCCCAGCCCCUGGGGGCGGAGCAGUGAUUUGGUGAAGAGCGGCAGGGCGGGUUUCCAACCACCUACUGAAUGAGGCCAGCUGGCAGCCCAGUCAAUAUUCCUCUCAACACCUUGAAAAAGUUUUGACUUCUUGGCGCCGGGUGGGUGAGGCUCGGUGGUUCCUUUCUGCCGCUCCCACCCCGGUUGUUUAUUUCACUGCGCCCAAGAGGUCCAUUCCUGGAGGGACUUUUCACACACCAAUGACGUCAUUCACCUCGGGGGGGGGGCUUACUUUUCACACACCAAUGACGUCAUUCACCUCGGGGGAGGGCUUACUGGCUCUGAAGAGCUGUUGUUAGGGUGCAGGGGGAGGGAAGUGAACCUGGGGAGGGCACAUCCCGGCCCUUUCUGGAAAAGACCCAGCCUCUCAUCAAUCAGAAGCUUCCUCCCCUGGGUUCUCAGUAGGUGCUUCCAUUAAGGAGGUCCAUUAAAGUUGGCCAGAGUGAGUGACCAAGUGGACUUGAGCUUGAGACACACUUUGGUGUCAAGAGAACUCAGGAGGCAGGUGGGAGAAAGAGCAGAGCUGGUAAUGGUGGAUGGAGUGAGACCAGCUCUGAAGGGGUGGCGGCGGCGUAGCGUUUCCUCUCGAAGAUGCUUAAGAAGUAGUAUGUCCCUCACACAUGCCUGGGUGCAGCUGAGUCCAUCACAAGCCCUAGCUGGAGAGGCACUCAAUCCCAGAGGCAGGAGAUCAAUUCUUGCCAGACCCUCCACUUCCUCUUAUCCUGUGAGCUGAAGUUCUAGGUCUUCAGAAGGGCAUCAUGCCACAGCCCCAGGGCACCAGCCCCUGUCCUGUCCCUUCAAAGCUUUGACACCAACUUUGCUCUCCCACCCCCUCUGCUCCGUUAACCCCUCCACCCCACUGUACUUCAUCGUGCAUGUCAGUGUUUGGCCCCUUGCUCUCCCAGCUGCCCUGGCUGAAGUUUUCCAAGCCGACGUCGCACCCAGGGAUUGGGCUCACAUCCAUCCAGUCUUGUUCCCUCUGCUUCGUGCUUUGCCAUCACCAUAACUCCAUUUUCUUGGCCUCCCCUCUUCCUCCUGGCCAUGCCAGGCCUACGCCAACCAAUGGGAGUGGCCCCUACCUAUGCAACAUCUCUUCUGGCUCCCUGUCCCUUCUUCCCAGGGGGUUGUGGGAAGCCCAAGUUGUGGGGAUGCCGUGAUCUAUGGUUCAGAUGGGGGUUGUACUUUCUAGCCAUACAGAGAUGGUUGGGUGAGGAGGGAGGGGUGGCAGAGAGGGAGAGGUCUGGGCAGACAGAAUCAACGUAGCUGCCUAUCAGGAUUCCUGGACAGCAAUGUCCACUGGCCUACCAACACUGAACCCUCUAGGACCCCAAGUCUGAGUUUGUCCCCGUGUGGGGGUAGCUUGGCUGUUGGAGCACCCCACUUUCGCUUGAGCAAGGCAUCUGCUGAAGCACAGGUGGUGGGGGAGCUGUGGCCUUGGGCCCCAGUUCUUGGCCAGCUGGCACCUGAAUGUCUUGUUCUCAUUUAGGGUCAGCCUGGGUACCUCACAGCUCCAGGGAGGGAAGGACUUGGCUCAGUCUCUGUCACGCUGGGUCCAGAGACAGAGCUUGGCCUUGGGAGAGGAGGAGGGGAAACGCUGUUAUUAUUUCUGCCUGACCAUUUCUGCCUAGGUCUUUUCAUACAGACAGCCUCACCUCCCACACACGCACAGACUUAGAGAGAAAGCAAUUCUUUGGUCUCUUUUCUUGGUAGCUUUAUUGAUUGCCAGGGAAAAUGAAAACCAGAAAAUUAAUUAAUCUCUAAAAUUAAACUUUACACUGAAUGUUCUUGUUUCUCUAAUUAGAACCUCUGCUAGCAGCUGUGGCUACACACACACAGACACACACCCCCUCACACCUACAUGUUUGCACUCUGGAACUGUCAAGAGGGUGUCAGGCACAGAUGGCUGUAGGUUGCCCGGACAGGCACACACAUGGUCACUCCCAAGUCCCCUCUGGUGCUCUGUUUUGUGUCUGCUUGUUGCAAAGAGUCCCUGGAGUGCUGGCCCUCCUGGAUUGCAUCUGCAGUUCAGUCAGCCGUCUUUUGGCCAGGUGGGCUCUGGGCCACUCAGCUCGAGGAGAGUUGGGAGAUAAGGGCCUUGGCCUGAAUGGGUCGGUCAGAUCCUCUCAUGGACCCAUAGGCUGAUGUGGUUCCUACGGGGGUAGCCCCAGGGUGGGCAGUCCCAGAGAGACAGGGACUCGUGGAGGGUACCUGGAAGACUGUAUGUCCUGAGGAUAAGGGCUUGUGGGGUGGGCUGGGCCUGGCUCGGGAGAAGACAGAAGAGUUCUGUCAAACUGGGUGCAUCACACUGUGGCCUUUUUGUCAUGGAAUUCCAAGCGCAAAGAUUGUACAAAUCACACUGGUGGAUAAUAAAAGUGUGGAUGACUUACUGA